GGAGGGAGGGGGGUGGUCGGAGGGAUUCAGUCCUCGCAGCCUACUCUCUGCAGGAAGAUUAGUGAAAGAGCGAGGGAGCCGCUCCCCUACCCCCCCCCCACCCUUCCGAAUGGAGCCAGAUUAUCUUCACCAGCACCACUACUUACAGCUAUGAUUAGAGAGCCGAGCGCCAGAAUCGCAGAGACCAGCUGCAAACACCAUUAUCUUCCAAUUCAAUCAUAUACUGUACACUGUCUUUGUUACUGGAACACGCCAGAGCGUGUCUGUCAAUUGCCUGCCUAAGAAAGUCCUGAGCAACUUGCUAACAGAAGAAAACCUGGCACAGCUUUAGAAAAGUGGAGUGCUCCCAUCUAAUUAGCUCUGCUCUUCAUGGAGGGGAACAAUUAUGGUCCUGUACUAAAGUGAUUCUUCACCUGAUAGUGGAUUAAGGAGUCUGAAUGGCGACAAUGAACAUACAGAGGACUUGUGAGGCAGUACGAAGAGACAUUGUACUCAUCUGCCCACUUUGAUUUGCCUCUUUUUUAAAAUAGAUAUUGUCACCUUGGCAACAGCUCUCUCACAGACAUACCUCGCAUGAACAGAAGAUACAUGCAAAGCAUACUAUGAAAUUUCUGAAGCUUUGACCUGGGCUCCAGUUAAAGGAAAGGGAGACUUUUGAGGAGAUUUGGAUUGUGCCUCGUAGUCUUAAAAUAAAUCAAAUGGCUGGUUGAAUGAAUUAAUCCCUGCUCCCGACCCACAGGAUCAAACCACUUACUUCAUCUCUCAGAGGCUCAGGAAGUUAAUGAGUGGUCUAUUUGUUGUCACAAGGAGAUUAAUUCCAUUUGACGUGUUCCAAAGAAUGAUUGUGUUUUCUAAUUGUCACAAGAUCUGAGCCAAAGUUAGCAGAACCUUCAGCCCCAUUUACAAAGGGGCAAGAGAGAAGUAAAAGAAGCUGAGUGUCUGACUGAGAGAGAAAUUACCAUCCAGUAACCAGUCUCAGUAGGGAUCUUUAACUCCUACACUGUUUAGUGGAACUGCUGGAAUUUCAUCUGAGAGUCACCAAUUAAAACCACAAAGCUGCAAUGAAUUAGACAGGUCUAAUAGGUGUACUUGGGUUUUGGAACUCCUCCUCUUUUGAUAACUGCUCUGAAGUUCCUUAGCAGCUGGAAGGGUCUCCCAUCACCAUAAAAAGUCCACACUUAAGGAAAACAAUGAAGUGCUCACUUCGCGUGUGCAUCCUUUUCCUUGGACUGCUCAUUGUCUUUCUGACUUCUGUGUUCUUCACUUAUACACUGACGGGUGUGACAAAUGCAGCCUACCUGGAGAACCAAGCUCCAGAGGAUGUUGACCGGAUCAAGCUGGUACCUAGCUACUUGGGUAUUCAGAAGUUAACCAAGGGCCCUGCAAGUCAGAGGACAUGUGCUUGCAGUCAUUGCGUGGGUGAUCCUGGUGUGUCUCAGUGGUUCGAUGAGAAGUUUGAUCAGGACAUUCUGCCACUCUGGACAAAAACAAAUAUGAUUUUGGAGCCCACUGUGUACAACUGGUGGGUGAUGCUUCAGCCUCAAUUCAAGCCACAAGAUCUGAAGGACAUUUUGACCAAACUCUUCCUCAUUGUGCCUGGAGAGAACCCUUAUGGCUCGUGGAACCGUUCUCGAUGUCGGCGUUGUGCAGUGGUCGGUAAUUCUGGAAACUUGCACCAAUCUCAUUAUGGAGAGGACAUCAAUGCACAUGAAUUCGUCAUGAGAAUGAACCAAGCUCCAACUGUUGGCUUUGAAGCAGAUGUGGGCAGCCGUACAACUCAUCACUUCAUGUACCCAGAAAGUGCAAAGAAUCUCCCAGCAAAUGUCAGCUUUGUCCUGGUUCCCUUUAAGACGUUGGAUCUCCUUUGGAUUACCAGUGCUUUGUCAACAGGCAAGAUCAGAUUCACCUAUGCGCCUGUCAAACAAUUUCUACGGGUGGAUAAAGAAAAGGUGCAGAUCUACAACCCAGCAUUCUUCAAGUAUAUCCAUGACAAGUGGACAGAGCAUCACGGGAGAUAUCCGUCCACUGGAAUGCUGGCCCUGUUCUUUGCUCUCCAUAUCUGUGAUGAGGUCAACGUGUAUGGAUUUGGUGCUGAUAGCAGAGGAAACUGGCAUCACUACUGGGAAAACAACCGGUAUGCUGGAGAAUUCCGGAAAACUGGAGUUCACGAUGCAGAUUUUGAAGCAAAAAUAAUAAAUACAUUGGCUGAUAUUGGUAAAAUCAAAGUUUUCCGAGGAAACUGAAAGGAAAUGGAUAAUUAUGCAUUUGAUCUUCUGAGACCACAACGUUCGCCAAAUGGAUAUGAGACUGAUUACUUCAUAAUCAUAUAUAUUAAACAUUUUUUAAUCAUCUUUGAAAAUCCAGGCAGAGCUCUGGAACAAGGAAAACAGAGCAGCUGCUAGUUUAUUAAUAUUUUUGAAGAUUAGCCCGCAGAAAUGGCAUUAUUUUGUGGAUCAAUUUUAAGAUGGCUGUCUGGUAACCUGGCGGGCACAAUGUGCAAUUUAUUGUUAGAUAAUCUAGGAGUUACUAAGAAACAAUUUUAAUAUUUGAGUUGCAAGAUCAAAUCAGGCUGAAACCAACUAGAAUAUGAGCCAAAGUUGAAGGGAGGGAGGGACAGAGUGACCCUCCUUUUAGGAUAACUGUGUGUUUUUGGUUGAACUCUAGUCCACUUUCUUUGGACAGUUGCUGAUUUGUCACUUUCUAAAGUGACAAAUGGGUAACAAGCAGACUGAAGGAGUUUUAACAUCUGAAUCAUAGGGAAAAAAAGCAACACAAGCCUUUCAGACAUGCUAGUUUUACAAGUGCAGCCAGCAGUGAAACUAUUAUCCCACAGCAACAAAAGAUCUGGAUUUUCAUGGCUCUCACAAGUCUGUGUUCGAGAACGAAGUGCAGACAUACAGGAUUCUCCUUUGGAGUGAAUGGAUUUGCGUCUCUGGCUUUUAUUGCGAAUACUGGGUGCGUGAGAGACCAGUAGGGAACACUGGGGCACAGAAAUAGUAGGAACACAUUUUAAAUUUGCUUCUCCCAGAUACGUACGCCAUCUGAUGCCAAUUCCUUAUAGCCUCUAUAAGCAGAAAUGUAAAAUUCGUUAUGAUUUCCUCACUGUGGUGUCCGCAGCCCCACAUCAUGGUUUGCACAUGGGUUUAAGAGCUUGGAUUGCCGACUCUGGAGGAUUCUCAGCGUACGCCCCACCAUCACAAUGAAUCUUACUGGGGAGGGAGGCAGGAGUUUAAGCAAGGGUCUCAAGUACUUCUGGCUACUGUGUGCCACCAAGGGCUGGAAAGUCGGUGGGCACCUCAAGAAGCAGUUCAAGGGAUAUCUAGAAGGUCCUUUGGUCAUGUUGUCAACUCCUGAGUGCAGUGCCGUGUAUCAAUGUUCACAGUUUCACUGGAACUAAAUGAAGUCUAAAGACUUAGAAAAUCCCCCAUCUCGACAUUGUAGCAACAUUAGGCCAUGCCCCCUCCGGGUACAAACUUUACAUCUGAAUCAGAAUCACCAGCAUGUGUCGUGAAAUUUGUUAACUUAGCAGCACAGUUCAAUCCAAUACAUAAUACAGAAGAAAAAAAUAAUAAAUAAAUCAAUCAAUGACUAUACAUAUAUUGAAUAAAUAGAUUAAAAAUUGUGCAAAAACCAGAAGUAAUUAUAUAUUUAAAAAGUGAGGUAGUGUUCAAGAGUUCAAUGUCCAUUUAGGAAUCGGAUGGCAGAGGGGAAGAAGCUGUUCCUGAAUCACUGAGUGUGUGCCUUCAGGCUUCUGUACCUCUUACCUGAUGGUAACAGUGAGAAAAGGGCAUGACCUGGGUGCUGGAGGUCCUUAAUAAUAGACGCUGCCUUUCUGAGACACCGCUCCUUGAAGAUGUCCUGGGUACUUUGUAGGCUAGUGCCCAAGAUGGAGCUGACUAGAUUUACAACCCUCUGCAGCUUCUUCCAGUCCUGUGCAGUAGCCCCUCCAUACCAGACAGUGAUGCAGCCUGUCAGAUUUGGAGAAUCCUCAGGCAACAUAAAUAGGGGGAAAAAAACAAAACAUUGAAUCUUCUCCCUCAUUUUUCCCAGCAGCGCAUAGUGUAACUGCAGCACCACAGAUGGAUGAGAGAGGCCAUAGGUUCUGUAUGAAUUGCUGGAAGCAACAUUGGCUCCAAACCAAUAGGCAGCUACAAGAUACUUGUCUGUCCCUGAUGUAAACUUGCAAGAACCACAGUAUCGCCGUCAAGGCAUGGUUAAUAGUAUUGUAUGACUUUUGUUUAUUAGAGGUUCUACAUAUUAAAGAAAUUGUUAGGAAUUACAUUGAGGUUUUUAUAUUUGUUAUCUGCAUUCCUUUCCCAUUAAAGAAAAUAAAAAGGGAUCCAUUCCUCCUCAGCUCGCAUUUUGAAGGAGGAAAUGGCGUUCAAAAGUAAAGUGCAUCAUUGUGUCUUUUGCUUCUCGUUACUUUUUGCUCCAUGUCCUGAUAAGCACAACGAGAACCCUAAAUCCAAAACACUGAUACAAUCUAGCACAGACUAUUCUCAAACUCUUUCCAGA